AUGGGAUCGCCACUCUCUCCCAUAAUAGCAGACAUUGUUAUGCAGGAUCUAGAGGAAAAUAUACUGAACUCGUUAGAUAUAAAACCAGCGAUAUACUACAGAUAUGUUGAUGACAUCAUUAUGGUGGCCCCUGUCGACAGAACAAAUGAAAUACUAACAAAAUUCAACAACUACCAUAACAGGCUACAGUUUACCAUAGAAUAUGAAAACAAACGAAAACUUAGCUUUUUAGAUCUCUCACUUGUCAUCAUAGAUAAUAGAAUCUACAUUGAUUGGUACCACAAAGAAACCUUCUCAGGCAGACUUCUAUCCUACUUUUCUAACCACCCGGACUGCCACAAAAUUGGAACAAUAUACAGUUUGGUCGACAGGGCCAUAAUGUUGUCACACCCUAUGUUUCACCAAAAAAACAUAGAGUUCGCCAUCAGAGUAUUGUUGGAGAAUGGCUAUCCACUGAAUUUGGUAUUUGAAAAGAUUAAUAAAAGAAUAAAAAAACUUAUGAACGUUAAAGAAGAAGAUGCAAAUACAAGCACGAAUAACAAUCCGGAAAAAUCAAAUAAUUUUAUAGUCAUUCCAUACAUCAAUGGAAUUUCAGAAAAAGUCGAAUCGUUAAUUGACAAAUCCAAAUUCAGAAUAGGAUACCAUUGCCUAAAUAAACUGGAAAAAUUCGUCAAGGUACAUAAGGAUAAAAAUAAAAAAUUGGAGAAUAGUAAUGUCAUCUACAGAAUCAACUGCAAAGAUUGUGAAGCGUCAUGUGUUGGCCAAACGAAAAGGAAAUUAGAAACCAGAAUCAAAGAGCAUAAAUAUAAUCAAAGACUGGACCCUUCAAAACACUCAGUGGUAUCGGAACACAUUAUCAAUUACAAACAUGAAUUUGACUGGGACAACACAUUAAUCUUGGACGUUGAACGAAAUUGGAACAAAAGACUUAUAAGUGAAAUGAUACAUAUCAAACAACAGACUAACGGUAUACAUUCACAAACUGACACUGAAUUGCUGGACGACUCUUACUUUGACCUAAUAGACAAACUUAAUAACAAAUGA